AUGGCAUCAGAGCUCCCAGCAAUGCCAAAGCCGGUGACGAAGACAGGCUCGACAUUCUUGGGCCGUCCGUUCUCCGAGUUGAUCGCCGAGCGCAGUGCAGAUCUGGCAAAGUUGAAAGUUGAAUUGAGCGCAGUGUCGAAAGACCGCUUCCAGAUGGACGACAUAGCACUUGUUCGCUAUUUGUGUGGGUUCGGCAGUGUCCAGAACAGCUUUGCAGCAAUCCGCGCUGCAGCAUAUCUCAAGAAGACGAAAGCAGAUCUGCUGAGAUCAGCUGAAAUUGAACAGUCCUGUCCCGGCGCUGACAAGAUUGAGCCACAUUCCAAGUUUCGCCUCUGGGAAUCUGGGGAUAGACUGCUCUUCAUCGUCCCUGUCGCAGAGACUGACUUCAAGCCACUGAUGAAGGCAGCCUCUGAAGAAGACAUCAUCAACUACAGCCUCCACACAGCCAGGAGACUGUGGAACUGGGUCGACAGGACUUCACGCAGGUGCGGCAGAAUUAUGAAGUACGAGGUGGUCUGCGACUUCACCGGCUUCUCCUUCCUUACCAUGCCUCCGCGCGCCUACGUGAAGGCCAUGUCGCAGAUGAGCGAGAUGUCCGAGGUGUUGCACCCGUUGUCCAUGGGAUCUACCACGGUCACAGGCCUGCCGGGUGCACAUCUCGCCAGGCGAUUGAGCAGCAUGUUCCGGCCCUACCUGCCCAAGAGUAUGGCUGAGACACAAAUUUGCUGCGGGGAUCGAACAAAGGAAUCGCCGGCUUCCUGCCCGUACCUGCAGAGGCACUUCGCAGAUGACAUGCGUUCGCUGGAUAGUGUUCUGGGCAGAGUUUGCCCUGUGACGGGCCAUGCUGCCAAGAUGGAGUCUGACUGGACUGCGAACAAGUUGGUAGACUUCGACGCACACCUGGCCUCGCUUCCAAAGGAGGAUGUCGAGGUCACCAUCGAGCCCUUCCAGUCGCUGUCCUUGAGGAAGUCGCUGGACAGCUACGCAGUUCUUCAGAAUGCACAGGCCGCUGAAGUGCCUGCGGAUGCCAAAGGCAAGGAGGACACAAGUCCAGCGAAACUGCAGCCAACCGGUGCGGACUCGCCGUUCUCUACUAGUUCAAGGUUUUCUCCACCGAGCAGAAAGAGCAAGUUCCGGUCCUCCGGACCGGGCGUGCCCACAUCAGAGCAGGAGGAUCUUCGUAUUUGCCUUCAGAGACGCGCUGUGCGCCUCAAGGGGGAGAUCGACACCUGCGAGGAGGAAGUCCAGACUCUUCGGCACCGCCUCUCGAGAGCUCACAGCUCCUUGCAGAGUAAGGAGCAGCGGCGAGUGCACUGGGAGACUCAGGCAUGUCGCAAGGACUGGGGCGAUGUGGAUGAUGUGGGCCCAGGGGCUGGGCCAUGCCUGUUCGCAUGGCAGGCCUUCCUGGAUCGAAGUGCUUCCGAGGUUCAGAAGAUACGGCGCAUACUUCCCAAGGCCCGAUCGAAGAGACUUGAUGGUUGA